ACGGGGAGAAAAGUUCUUCCAAAAUAGCAGCCACUCGGCGCAGUGAUGGGGGACUUCGCCUCCCCCGCUGCCGGACCCAACGGCAGUAUCUGCAUCAACAACAGCAUGAACCCGGCCGCCGGGAGCGUGGUGCCCGCCGGGGCGGUGGGCAUACCUAAGCACAGCACGGUGGUGGAGAGGCUGAGGCAGCGGAUAGAGGGCUGCCGGAGACACCACGUAAACUGCGAGAGCAGGUACCAGCAAGCCCACGCCGAGCAGCUGGAGAUAGAGCGGAGGGAGACGGUCAGCCUGUACCAGCGGAGUCUGGAGCAGAGGGCCAAGAAGUCGGCCGGCGGCGGCGGUAGCAGCAAGCAGCCGCAGAGCAAGCAGCCGGACCCGGACUCUGCCUCCUCCACGGAACAGAGGAAUAACACGCUUAUAGCGCUCCAGGAGACUGUAAAGAGGAAACUGGACAGUGCUCGAUCGCCCCUUAAUGGAGAACAGAAUGGCAUCUGUGAUGGAGGCAGCUACUCACCGACCACCAAACGGGUACGGAAGGAGGGAUCCAGUGGUUUGGACUCACUAACAGGUCUCCCAAACAACAACAAUAACAACAAUGUACCACCUAUCUCUCCCCUGCAUCACCAAAUGGACAUUAAGCCCAUACUUGGCGGGCCCAACACUUCCUCCGGAAACAACACUACAAACAGCAAUGGCAACCACGUAGGCCAGGCGUCAGAUGAGCUUGGAAAGAACGGUGGCAGCCAUCUUCCGGACAUGAAGCUGAAUGGCUCGCUGGACCUGGAGGACAGCUUCAGCCUCCUUAAAGACCUGAAACAGGAGCCACUGGAUGACACAGGUGGGAUGGAGUCCUCUGAUCCCCAGUCUCUGUCCAAUCAGAACAAACUGUUCUCUGACAUCAACCUCAAUGACCAAGAGUGGCAGGAGCUGAUCGAUGAGCUGGCCAACACUGUGCCAGAGGACGAUAUGCACGACCUCUUCAAUGAGGACUUUGAGGACAAGAAAGAGGCAGAGUUUGGCAGGCCAGCAAACAAUCAGACACCAGGCCCACAGGAAGCAGCUGGGAAUACGACGGCACCUGGAGGGGGGUCGGCACCAGCAGCAGCCUUGCCUCCUCCUCCUCAGGCUCCACCGGGAGGUCCACAGGUCCCUAUGGGCUCACCACAGGUCCGACCAUCAUCAUCAGGCCCUCAGUUUGCCACCACUGCCAAUGGAACGCCUCCACAGCAACCUUUGCAGCAGUCACCAGCUGUUGCCAUGGCAUCAGGUUCCCCAUUGCACAACUGCGUGGCUCGCUCCCCUCAGACCCCAACCCAGGCUCAGACGCAAGCAGUCUCUAGGCCUGGGAAUGGAUACAUGAUGAACCCAGGCCCAGGGGUCAGUCAGGCAGGCACAGGACCUGGAGCGGCUGGGGUUGCCCCUGGAGGUCAGCCUGUAGGGCCAGUGACACCUGAACUUUCUCCAGCUGAACAGCUAAAAGCAAUGGCUCAGCAACGUGCUAAGCUGCUGCAGCAGAAGCAGCAGCAGCAGCAACAAGCAGCUAACUGGUCCCCUGCAGGCGCUCCAACCAGUCCCUAUAACUCUGGUCCCUUUAACCAAGACAAACCCAACAGCCCUAUGAUGUACCCACCGCAAGCCUUUAAUGCACCACAGGGCCCUCUAGUGGCUGGGAUGGCCCCCAACAAUGGGCCCAAAGCCCCCAUGAACAACUACCUCCCUCACAACCACAUGGGCAUGAUGGGCCAGCAACAGCCAAACAGCAUCAGCCAGAACACCCUGUCCAAGCAACAGCAGCAACAGCAGCAGCAAACAGCAGCCAUGUUGUCCUAUAACAACACCAAACCACUGAGUCACUUCAGCGGCAGUGGGGUUGAUCACAUAGGCCAGAGGAUGACUCCACCCAUGGGAGGGAACAAUCAGGUCAAGAACCCCAUGAUGCCUCCCUACAUGGGUGGUGGGGGAGGCGGCGGCCAGGGCGCGGGGCCAGGGCAGACCCAGGGGCCAAUCCCGGGACAGACAGCCCACCUGAGUGAGGAGCAGAAGAGGAUGUUGCUGAUGAAGCAGAAAGUUUUGAACCAGAACAUGCCCUACAACCCCAUGCAGCCUCAUGGACAGGAACAAGGUGUGGUGGGAAUGUCACGACCACCGGGCGCCAUCCCGCCUCCUCACCCCGCUGGAGGUGUGGCCUCAGGGGUGGGGCCCAACCAGGGGUCAGGUCCACCUCCGGGCUACGUGGGCAACCAGCAGCAAGCCGCCAUGAUGAAGCAGAUGAUGGCAAUGGAGCAGGAGAAGAGGGUGCAGAUGCACAUGAUGGAGCAGCAGAAACAGCAGCUCUUCAGAGAGCAGAGACAACAGCAACAGCAGCAACUACUGGCCGAACAGCUCCAACAGCAGCAGCAUCUCCCCAGACAGAUGGGCCAGGGCCAGAGGAAUCCAUACCCACAAGUCAAUCAGUACCAAGGUCCUCCUCAGGAUCUGGCGUCCAGGAGCCAGACUCUCCAAAACAUUCGGGCUGCCCGUCUCCUACAGCAGCAGCAGCAGAACCAGCAGCAGAUGGUCCAGAUGAGUUCUGUUCAGGGCCCGCCUGGGGGCUCAGUGGGACCCCAAACUGACAUGGGCAUACCCUACGGCAACCAGGGGUCCAACCAGGGUUCCCUGUACGGGCUCAACCCCUCCAUGAGCCAAAUGAUCCACCAGCAGCAGCACCAGAGCCAAAGUGUCCAAGCCUCCAUGGGUCUUCCACCGCAGCACAACCCUGCCGCAGGGCCGCCCCGGCAGGCAGGUGCAGGUCCUGGGGUUGGAGGCAUGCCAGGAGGCCCCGGAGGUGGUGGAGCUGGAGGGUAUGGAGGACAGGGGAUGUUAAUGAACUCCAUGACCCAGCAACCCCUCAAAGGCCCUCCCAACGCCAAAGCCCAAGCACAGAGACUGCAAAGCAUGCUGGGAGCAGGAGGAGGAGGCGGGGGAAUGGCGCCGGGCGGCUGGCCUCAGCAGCAAGGACAGAGCCUGCAGGCCAUGGGGGGAGGAGUCGGGAGGACUACAGGAGGAGGGGGAGGUGACAUGGUGGGGUUCAGCUCCGCCCAGGGUUAUGGGAUGCAGCCGGGUCAACCCACGCGCAUUGCCAAGCAACACUUUCAGGGCCCGGGACAGGGGAUGAGCCAGGGAAUGGACCCCAGAGUGGGCAACCCAGCGGCCGGUAUGGGAGGCCCAAUGAUGGGCCCUCACAUGGGCGGUCAGCCAAGGACCAACCAGCCCCGGCCCAUGGUCAUGAACCAGGGGAUGAACCAGGGGGUUAUGGGCCAGGGGAUGACUGGGAUGGGAGGGUUCGGGCCGGGCCCUGGGGGGCCUGGAAUAGGGGCAGGGGGAGGAGGAGGUGGACCCUACGGACCAGGGGGAGUCGGGGUUGGAGGUCAGCCACCAGGCUACCAGAGGACAGCCAAUCAGGACAUGUCAUCUUAUGGUUAUGGGGGCGGGCCCUCAGGGGGAGGAGCAUUUGGAUUGGGCGAUGGCUCAGGGGCGGAGCUGGACUCAAGCGAUGGUUGGAUGGAGGAGUUUUUCUCGAACCAAUAGCCAACGGGGAAACUGGAGAGGAGUUUUUACUGGAUGAACUAAACAAAUGUUAAAACCUGAGAAAGUAAAACAAAAAGGAUGACACGAUGUGGACUGGCAUGUUUUUGUUUUGUAAAACAUGGGCAAGGUUAUAAAUGAGUUCUUGUGUUAUGUUUUGUGUGUAUGUGUGUGAAUGUGAGAUGGAGAGAGUGAUCAUUAUGUCUCGUGCAUAUUAAUGAAAAACCAAUAUAGAGAUUAAGAGGUGUGUUUCAUUAGUUUCCCUUUUUUCUCCACGGAAUGAAUUUUUCUCAUGUUCCAGUGUUUGAAAGCGAGCCCCGUUUACACAGCAGCGCUUUGAGCCCGAGCUUCAGCAGGGGCUGAUUGAACACCGCAGACUGAUGAAGGAGAAGGAAGACUUGUUCUCAAGACAGCAAUUUAUUUGUGUUUGUGUGUUUGUGCCACCCAGCUCAGUGCUUCAGAUCUCUCAACUAUGUGAGAAGCUGAAGGGAGUAGAAAGCACUCUCAGCGCUCCCAUUUCCUCCCUUAGAUUUGUGCCCCCCAUAUAAACGCACACACGCACACACACACGAAUCUGUCUCCCUCGCACUCUCUCACUUUGUUCUCUUCACUUGAUCUCUCUCUCUCUCAUCCUCCUUCCCUCUCUCCUCCCCUCUUUCCCACCCUUUCUCCAGAGACUCGUUCCUCGCUCUCAACACUCCUUUCUCUGUUUAAAUUGUGAACAUCACAACAGAACAAAUGAUGUUCUUCUAUUGUGCCACACAAGCGCACUCUGCCCUCUAGUGCUUUUGCUAGGUAACCGACCUGGGUGGCUUUUUUUAGGGGGUUUCAUUUCCUGUGCGUGGCUGAGGAUGACGGGUAUGCAUGUAAAGAAAGACAAAGAGAGUGAAAAGCAGACACAGAGGGAGAGAAUAGGCAGCUAAAGCAAGCACUAGGACUCAAAAGCUCAUGUACACACACACACACACACACACACACACACACGCCAACAAGCAGACAAACAAGCAUCAGCCCGGGAGGAUGAGCGGAUGUGUGAGAGGCAGCUAACAGAGCUAAUAUUACAUUAAACCUUCUGCCUGUGUGACACAAACCACAUCACAUGCAUCAGGCUGACACAAAGCAAAACGAUCGCUGGGCACUGAAUGUAUUCAAGCACCACAAGUGACUUCUUCUUUUUAAGGGAAAAAAAAAAAAAGCUCAUUGAAAGCCCACCCACAUUGUUUUGUUCGUUGCUGUGUUUUAUCUCUAACAAUGAUGCUGGUUGUGUCUUUGUCGAUUAAAAGGAGAAAAAAAAAAGUUCAAAUUAGCCUUCUUUUAGUUUGUGUUGUCUUUUGAAAAUCUGUUUGUCCUUCCGUCGCAGCACAGCCUUCCCUUCCAUUGUGACACAGCUAGUUGUCAAUCACCGUAGCCCUGCUUUACAUCGUGGCUUUUCUUGUACCGCAGCUAUAAAACGCCCUCGCUCCAAACUAGAAACGUAACUGUGCUAUACUGUAACACUACUGUGAAGAAAUACAAGUUGUCCCCUUCCAGCGCUUUACUAGGAAAAUGAACCACUGCUAAGCCUUGAGUUUGUUUUAUAGACAGUAGAGAAACUUCAGACAGCUGAUUGGGCUUAAAACGUGACGACGGUUAGCGCCAGUUAGCAUCAAAACAAUCAGUGCUUCCACUGAAGUCAGUGUCUCCCCUUCUCUCAGCUUACUAGUAAACUGUAGGCUUUCCUCCAGGCAUUAUGGCUUUCAUUCACCAUCAACAGGCUGUCCACUCUUUUGCCCUAAUGGUUGAGUAAUAAAUAUGUGUCGAAUAGGUUUUAAUACAGUAGUCGUUGGUAACACCUUACUUCUCUAACUGUUUUGUAAUCUUGGUUCAAAUUUGAAUGAAAGCGUGUUUGUACGUGCAUUACUUUGUAUUUAGCUCAUCAGAGUGAACGUUUGGAGGAUGAUGCUGUAAUCAACAAACCAAAAAGCCUUCUUCUCUGUAAACUAACUCCUUGCCAUCAACGCAUCUGUUCUCAUGGUUGUUGAUGUUGUAUAAUCCAACCCUUUAAAUACAAACUUUAAACACCACGCCCAUCGUCCUGUAAGCUUUGCUGCAUUUGGUAGCACCCACGAAUGAGGUUCUGUACUUUGAUUUUGUCACGUUUGGGGGAGCAGAAGUCCUCUGUCUCACUGUGUGGAGUGUACAGGGCAACGGCAGGCAGAUGUUUAGGGUUGUAGCGUCCCCCAGUUUUAUCAGGGGGAGACGGUCAGAUAAAUGAAAACUCUGUGUCAGUGUCCAGAAAAACUUGUGGAUUGUUUGAGCCUUCCUCGGCAGGAAAAGCAGUGGAGUGCUCCCCGCUUCAAUGGCUCCACCGCUCAUGCUUCCAAAACUUCGAUACCGCUCCAGUACUCCAGGCAGGCUCAAAUCAAAAUUCAGAGUGCCGGACCAGUUAAAAGGAGGCAUGUGUAUGUGUAGGAAAACACCUGAGGUUUACCACUCCAAACUGGAGGCAGGAAGGUAGAGAAACACUUGUGGGUCAGUGUUAAGGUCACAACCUUUGUGACAUUUUGUCUUCUUCAGAGUAAGGAUUCACGAUAUGGUUUGAAAUCCCUUCAGGAAGAGAAAGGAAGCUUCCUCCAAAUAUCAUUAUGUACCGGGACCAAGUCUGUAGACAACAUUUUAACAAAAACUGUUGUUGUUGAUGUUCUUUGUUUUAUUUUAUUUGUUUUUUUUUACUGGUGCUGACAUAUAUGUGAUUAUGAGAAAAACUAUAUAAAAGAUAAUGGCUAUUUGUAAAUAUGUUUUUACAGGUUUAAAUACAUCAGAUAAUACAGUCUCUACUCUGUAAAGAAUUUACUGUUUGUUGGAAAAUAGAGAAGUAUUUUUAUUUUGAAGUUUUUUGGUUUCACGUUUAACCCAUCUGAGCUAUGCCAUUGCACUUCAGACAAUGUCUUACUACUAAUUUGUAUUGUAAACCUCCUCUCUUUUUUGGAAUUUUUUUUUUCAUUUGUUUUUUCUAGUUUGAGAUUUGACUCUGUUCUUAAGCAGUGCUUAUUUCUUUUUAUCCUGUACAGAAUUCUGAAAUGUUAACAAAAGAGAAUUACGAAAGACCUUUUUUUUGUUUUGUUUUGUUUUUCAAAAAGAUACAAUAAAGAGAGAAUGUUCUCGCUGAUCAUAUUAAAUGAAA